UCGGUCAGCGUUCCAUAUAAAACGAAGACGACCAUUUUGAAGCCCGCCUGCCCAUACCUCACCUCCAGCUACCGGAUCUUCGCGUCUCUCUUCGUUUUCAAUGGCCGGUUAUCCCCAGGGCUCCGGUAAUCCUUACGGCGCGCCACCGGCAAAUCCAUACGGAUCAGCCCCUCCGCAACCAUAUGGAGCCGCACCUCCGCAAUCCUAUGGCGCUGCGCCGACGCAGCCGCACGGUUACGGCGCUCCCCAGCCAUCGGCACCUUACUCUAAGCCGGAGAAACCAGGUAAGAUACAUGGAGGCGGCGGCGCAGGUGGAUACGAUUCACAGCCUUACGGUUACGGCGCUCCCCAGCCAUCGGAGCCUUACUACAAGCCGGAGAAACCAGGUAAGACACAUGGAGUUGGCGGCGGCGUUGGAUACGAGCAACCUCCUCCAGCAGCAGGGUACGGGGCUGCGACCCCUUUCGCUGCGCUUCUGCCGUCGCAAUUCCCGCCGGGAACCGACCCGAGCUUGGUGGCGUGCUUCCAGAUUGCUGAUCAGGACGGGAGCGGCCUAAUAGACGACAAGGAGCUGCAGCGUGCUUUGUCUUCUUAUAACCAGGGCUUCAGCCUCCGCACAGUUCACCUUCUUAUGUACCUUUUCACAUCGUCCAACAUCCGCAAGAUUGGUCCAAAGGAAUUCACCUCAUUAUUCUACAGCCUUCAGAACUGGAGGGCUAUCUUUGAGAGAUUCGAUCGUGAUCGCAGCGGCAGGAUUGAUGCGCCGGAGCUACGAGAAGCCCUUCUUAGCCUGGGCUAUGCAGUCUCCCCUGUUGUUCUUGAUUUGCUUCUUGCCAAGUUCGACAAAAGUGAUGGCAAGUACAGGGCGAUCGAAUAUGAUAACUUCAUCGAAUGCUGCCUCACUGUCAAGGGUUUGACAGAUAAAUUCAAGGAAAAAGACACAACGUACACUGGAUCUGCAACUUUCACCUAUGAAUCCUUCAUGCUUACAGUGCUCCCAUUCCUCAUAGCCUAGUGGUAUUGGCUUGCAGCCUUUGGCUUGCGUACGAUCUUUGAGUUGCUUUAGGUUCGCUGAGCUUGUUUUGAGUAUGCUUCAUUUAUUUCAUGUCAUGAACUUUUAUGACACUCUUUGUUGCAUUUUGGACUUUGUGUUCGUUGUUUUGAGAUUAUUAUGUGAUGCAAUUUUUAUUUUAAAGUAUGUAAUUGUGUUGAGGUCA